AGUGGACCAAAGUGGACCGGAGGAGCCGAGGCAGCCGGUCGCACGCGAGCUGCCCUCCAGCUAUAUACCGCAGCCGCACCGCUAGUGACUCACAGAGAUAGACCGUCUCCAUUCACUCAUAGGUUGACCCAAGCCCCAGGCCACCAUGGCGCUCCCACCAGGCUACGCCGACAGCGUACACGAGUAUCCGAACCACGCCGAUCAGCUCCUUCAGCACCUCCACGACCUGCGGAAGGACAGUCGCCUACACGACGUCAUCCUCAAGCUCGCAGACGGCGAGUGGCGAGCGCACAAGUGCGUCCUGUCCGCCUUUUCCGGGUUCUUCCGCUCCCUGUUUGUCACUUCAGGAAGCCGUGAGAGGGAGGUGAAGCUUAAGACUGUGACGUGUAAAGGGAUUGGCCCCCUACUGGAGUACAUGUACACGGGAAAGCUGGAGCUGGUAGAAGAAAACGUUAUGGAGGUGUUCUGUACAGCCGGCUAUCUGCAGGUCUUCAAUGUCCUCAGCGACAUCUCAAAGUUUCUCAGCAACACCACGCUUUCUACACAACAGGGAAGACAAGGUAGUGACCUGACGUGCAGCUUAGCAUGUGACAGCAUGGAGCAGGAGGAAAUGUACAACCAGCAAAGUGUGUGCGAUCCGGCAAGCUUACAACAAGAACUGCGCUCGCAGUCUCCCGAUUCAGGCACACAGUCAGGGGAAGAGUUUAGAGUGGAUGAGGAAAUGGUGACAUCGCUCUCAGGAAACAAUUUUGACAUUCUGGCUGCUCAGAUGAGUCAAAUGACAGCCGAUGCCUUUGCUCAGGUAUUGUCGUUGGACCUUGCGUUUAACACUAACGGGGAAAACUCAACGCUGGUCAAUCCAGAAGUUAUCACGGACGCCAACGGUUUGCCCUCUAUGGUUGUUCUAGACCAGGGGAAGGUUGAACAGGUCCAUGUAGAGCAGUCUGGUCUAGCAAUGCAAGUAAAUGACAUUUCUGUGGAAGGAGAAGCUAGUAUGGAAGAGACACAAGGCAGUGCUAGUGAUACUCACCAGCAGUUGGAUGUCCUAAGCACACAGGACAGCCCUCAACCUUCAGUAGAGGGGACUUCCCAUGCUUCUGUGGUGGAUUGUCCUGUUCAGCAGAAAGACAUCAUGCUGCAAGAAGCAGCAGAAAAGGUCAGCUCUUCAGUACACCCGUCGGACAUUACAACAGCUGAUGAGGUAGAGCUUCGUGCGAGGACCCCUAUCUCAGAUGUUGGUACUGCAGGAGAUGUAGACUCCUUUUCCUCAGAAGGAAAGGAAGAAGGUGGAACUGCAGCUGGGAAUGAAAUGCCUGCGAAUUUGGAUGAGGAAGAGGCUUCUUCUCCCCAGUCUGUACCAAAGGAAGGAGAAGUUGAAAACCAGGCAAAGUUCCAGAAUGUUACAGAACAGUCCGCAGAUGUAGAUAAGGAUGGUUCACCAAUGCCAAUGCAGGCUGGGGAUGUACAGAGUGAACCCAAAACACUUGAAACUGACGACAAGAAUGAGACUACAGUAGCACCACAAACCGAUAAGAAUGAGACUACAGUAGCACCACAAACUGAUGGGACGAAGAAUGUGAGGCAAAAGAGAAAAGCUGUCAGAAAAAGCAAUAAUGCAACAGGAAAGAGAACUCGUAAAACAACGAGCGAGUCUCACGUGUGCUCUGUAUGUGAUGAAGUCUUCCAAAGUAGCAAAAAACUGCAGACGCAUGUGGCAAAGGAUCAUGGCACACAAACCCAGCAAGACAGUGACAGGUCAGAAGCAGUGCAGACUGGAGAAGGGUCCAGUAAACCGGGAAUAAAGCAGUGGACUGUUCAGGACGGUUCUGUGGUUGCUGGUACAAACGAACUGACAGUGCUGCCAGAGAACAUCCAGGCAAAGGAAGGGGAGCCGACACAAAAGGGUCCAGCAAAGAACAACAAUGUAGCAGCAGGGAAGCGACGAAGGAAACUUAUGAACGACCCUUACAAGUGCAACAUCUGCGGCGAAGAGUUACAGAGCUGCGGGAAACUGCGAACACACCUGGCCAACCACGAGGGGGGAAAGAAGCACGAAUGUCCGGUCUGUUCCGCAAAGUUUGGCUACUCGAACCAUCUCGCAGACCACAUGCGUAUCCACACCGGCGAGAGGCCGUACAAGUGUACGCACUGUGACGCGAACUUCAAGCAGAAGUCGACGCUGAUACGCCACACAAGGAGACACACAGGUCAGAUGCCGUACCGCUGCGCAGUCUGCAAUCUUGGUUUCCACGACACGACGCACCUCAAACUUCACCAGAAGACUCACACCAAAGUUCGUAAGGAAACGGUAGAUGAGUUCACAGUUACAGUGCUCGCAGAAGGCUCGACGAUCGAUGCAAGUUGCUUAUUGACGGAAGGAUCUAUUGAUGCAAGUUGCUUCGAAUUGACUGAUGUUCUAAGUUGCUAACACACUCGCAAUAACAAGAAGAACAUGCAUGGGAGAAAUCUUGUCAAGAAAAUAU